UUGGCGGCCAAUGUCUUUGUCUCAGCAGAAACAGUCUUCUUUCUCUGAAGAUGCUGAACUCCCAGUGGAGUAGUCUUUGGGCCAUCAUGGGAGUUCUGCUCAUCCAUUCAGUGGCAGGAGUGAAUAGGUUCUGUCGGUGUUGGGACAUGGACACACAAGAGAAGAUGAUGGAGUGCCUCAGGGCCUGCAGAGUGGACCUCUCCAAUGAGUCUCCGGCUUCUUCAGAAACCCAAGAGAGCUGGGAAGGAGACUCAGAAAGCCACCAAGAGUCCCGUCAAAAGCAUGAUGCUUCCUAUGCAAUGGAGCACUUCCGAUGGGGGAAGCCAGUCGGCUGGAAGAAGCGACCCGUCAAAGUCUUUAACGCUGAAACACCAAACAUACCUGAGGAGGAGAAUCAUCAGGAUCACUCCGAAACUACUACGGAUCAGCCCGAAACUUCUAUGGAUUAACCCGAAACUUCUAUGGAUUACCCUGAAACUGAAGAAAAACAGAGCAGCAAAGCCACUACGGUGGAGAAAGAAAAGCAGCUGAGGAAAGUAAAAAAUGAUAAUACUGCCUACAAGAUGCACCACUUUCAGUGGAACACCCCAGCCCUGUCCAAGAAGCGCUACGGCGGCUUCAUGACCUCAGAGCACAGUCACACUCCUCUAGUGACUCUUUUUAAGAAUGCCAUCAUCAAAACUGCUUAUAAGAAAGGCCAGUAAGGGUGAGGGAGAUCAGGACCAACCGUACCCUGGCAUUGUAGCAAUGGGGGAAAGGGUCUGGGCGCCUCACCUAUGAAUUUCUCUGACAUAUUUCAUGAUAAUAUUAUUAAUGAAUAUCAUUUAUUUUCA